AUUAAACUUUGAUCCAGAGGUAUUUUAAGGUAUCUCUCCAUAAGAUGAUGUGUGCAUCUCGACCGGGUGACGACAAUACCUAUUGAUGCAGCAACCACUGUAAGUUAUAUUCUUGUUUAAUUAGACUUCUCUGUUUCAUUUAUUCUACUCUGUAUAAUUGUUCUGUAGUUAUUGUAGCUAAAACGGCGCUUUUGAGAGAUUUUAAAUCUCAGAUCUGCUCAAGGGAACCUGUUACACAGGUCGCAGUGGACACUCAAGCCUGCAUUACAAUAUAGGCAGGGCCAGUCUGCUGAUUGAGUGAAGCACAAUAGCGUAAAUUAGUCAUCUUCCAGCUAAAAAGCAUUCAAAUACCGCAUUUAAAAUCUGAUGAACUCAGUGUGCAUCUCGACUGGCUGACGACAAUACCUAUUGACGCAGCAACCUGAGAAAGAAAAACAGGAAAUCACAUUUUAGGAUGUGAGAGCAGCCAGUAUUUGAGAUUUCGCACGCCUCCCCUAACUUGAGGAUCCUAUCAUUCAGGAUGUCCGCUGCUAAAAAGACUGAAUCCGACCCCGCUGACAGUGCCAGCCUUUUAAAUCCUGAAGUGUGUUUGAGCUUCUGCUUUGCAUAAGCAGAAGUGGAAGAAGGACUGAGAGGUGAUAUGGUGAUACUCGAUGUCUUAAUAAUAGGGGGUGGCCCUCAUGCCUUGACCCUUGCCACCUUGCUAUCCCACCCUGACACAAAAUCAGACCCUGGACAUGUCUCACCCCUCUCCAUCUCCCUCUCGGACCCUGCGAGGGCUCAGACAAACUCAGAGACAUCCAAAAACAAACGCUGCAGAGGCAAGAAGAAGAAGAGGGCAACAGCAGGCCUGACAUUUGAGGAGUGCCUAGCAAAGUCAACACUAGGGAGGGCCGAUUGCCCCCCGCUGAGUCUCAGAGUGGUAGAUUCCUAUGGGGAGUGGACCACUCUGUGGGAGAGCCAAUUCACAACUCUGAACAUCCCUCACCUGCGCUCACACACACUGGUGCACACAGACCCUCUCAAUAAGAAAGCACUGCAGGAGUUUGUUUUAAAGUUGGACCGUUCAGCAGAGCUUCACAGUCUUCCAGACCAAGUUUAUAUUCUGGAUGAAAACGCAUUUUUUAAUGAUAUGAGGCUCGGCAAGAAGGAGAGGAAACGUCUCAACAUCGCCUCAACACUCAAAAAGAGUUUGUCCUUCAGUCUGCCAGGAACCAAACUAAGUGUGGAUUUCUUCAAAGAUCAGGUGGAAAGAUACAGCUUGGACAAAGUGCUGGUGAAAGGAACAGUGGAGUACAUCAGCCCUGUGCUGGAUGACGAGGAAAAGGGGGAAGAAGAGACCGAGUGGAUGAAAGAGGGUGAUGACAUAAGAGUGACCGAGAGGAAAAAAGUAAAAUAUUUUGUCGUCAAACUUCAAGAAGGCAUCAAACUUAAAGCCCGCCAGGUCGUUAUGGCUACAGGUCCAACCCGCGCCCAGAUGGCAAACAUCCCUUCAUGGGUGAAAAGCAUCGGAGAGAGCUACCCAGAGGAGCGUUUGCAACACACUGUGCACCUGAUGCACCACCUGUCAUCUGCUAAGCAAAAACUUAAAGAUGAUGAGAGACAGAAUGAGGCUUUUCACUCUCAAGAAUUGUGUGUAGUGUGUGAGGCAGGGCAGAGAGUAAUGGUAGUUGGUGGAGGUCUGACCAGCGCUCAUGUCGUCUCUAUUGCCCUGCAGCAAGGUGCCAGCCAUGUGACAUGGGUUAUGAGGAAGCACCUCCAGUUGAAGCAGUUUGAUGUGGGCGAUGUGGAGAGCUUGGUGGGCCGUUACUCCCACGUGGAGCACGGCAUCAAGAUGGACGGCCAGGCCUACCUACGGCAGUUCUAUAAUGAACGCAGUCUCCACAAACGGCUGGCUAUGAUUCGCCAGGCAAGAAAAGGAGGGGCCGUUACCCCCGAGGCCUACAUCCACCUACAGCCAUUCAUCCUGAGUGGACGGGUGGACGUGAAGACUUACUGUCAGGUGAGUGAAGCCAGCUGGUGCUACAGGAGCCAGGCGUGGUGUCUGUCCCUCAGCACCGGGGCCCACUGGUCUGGAGAUAUGAUCUGGCUAGCCACCGGCUGCAAACUUGAUGUCAAACAGGACCCGCUGCUUUCUGAGGUGAUGAAGGAAUUCCCCGUUCAGGUGAUAGACGGUUGGCCGUGCAUAUCAGAAAGCUUAAAGUGGACUGAAGGCUGCCCGCUCUACCUGAUGGGGCAGUACACUGCUCUUCAGGUUGGACCACAUGCAGUAAACCUUGCCGGUGGUCAGGCUGCAAGCAUUCGAAUCGCCAAAGACAUCAUGCGGGGUCAGAAACAGCACCAUGCUGAUGCUUCUGAACUGAGUGGGGAGAAAUCAAAAACUGAAGAAUAUAUCCAACAGAUGCAGGGCCUAUUAUGGUUUUAGUGUUAGACCAAAGAAUAUUAAAACAAUUCUUGAAUACUUUAAUGAUGCUGUAAAACUGACUUUGUUUUUGGGAACUAUCACACCAUUCAAAUAAACACAUGUUCAUCUUUAA